CUGAUGUACAUAGCAAAAUCUGAGCCUCUGCUUGGUUGAUCUACUACGACUUACUUGUUUCCAGACAGUUUGGUGCAAAUACUGCACAGGAGUUAAAUAGUAAGCUUUGAAUGAAAGGCAACCGCUAAGUAGUGAGAACAAUUAAUUCAGAGCAGCCUAUGAAAUCGAUGGUUGGUUCGAGAGCAGAUUUUGACCCAAAUAUAUUUGUUGUGUACGGGGAAACAGACGCGACACGUCAUAAUGUACGAUACCGCAAGACGCUUCGGUGUCGCUGUUUUGAUUUAACCGUUAUUGUCUACUACGGACUUGGAAUAAAUGAAGAUCUUGCAAGAAUCCCCUUCAGUUUCAGCAAACCGUACAAGGAGUAUUACGGUAUUGAGAAAUAUUUGUUUUCUCCAUUCCUGGACGGAUGUGUUUAUUUCUGAAAUUACGCCCGCUAGUAAAAGAAAUCCUACUUCUCAAUUUUUUGGAAGUUAGAUCUCCAACACGGCUGUUGUUAAUUAAUUAGGCGAUACUUAACCUACUAGUGGAUUUAGAAUUUAUUUUCUCUUGGAUGCUUUGCGGGAUAAUGCCGGUUGGUGGGCUACUCUAAAGCGGUAGGCUAGUGUUAACGAGGGAGGGGAUCCGUUUGAGUGCCCUCCAACACCCGAGCCUUCCCUGACCUCCAAAUGCCAGGCAUCAACUCGGCCACUGACCCAUGUUACCAGACAGGUUGGGAGAUGGAGUACGACCACUAUCAACAUUACUUUUUCGACGACCACGAUCCGGGUGACGAUUUCUUCAAAGCCACGGCACCCAGUGAGGACAUAUGGAAGAAAUUCGAAUUGGUACCGACCCCGCCCAUGUCCCCUGUACGGGCUUUGGAGGGGGCAAACGGGACGGUCUACCCUUCUCUGGGGGAUAAACUCGAGUGGGUGUCGCAGGUUUUGGGUCAAGAGGACGACCAAGAUGUGCAGUGUAAACUCAGCCCGCUCGGCGAGACUAUGGGUAACCUGAGCUCCAUCAUCAUCCAGGACUGUAUGUGGAGCGGUUUUUCUGCAGGCAAGCAGCUAGAGAAAGUUGUCGGAGAGCGGCUCGCCUCCUGUGUCGGGCCAGGUCCGACAAAACUGGGCCUGCAUCAGGUGGGAGCGAACAUCACUACAGGAAGGGCUCAGUGCGUGGCGGUACCGGUGGAUGCGGGGGUUCCGGUAAUGAGUAGUGUUGCGACGGAUUGCGUGGACCCGGCUGCUGUUCUUACCUUCCCACUCACCGGGGGACCGUUGAGGAAACCGGCUGUGUCAUCCGGUUCCGAGUCCCACACCGACUCAUCCGAUGACGAAUCCAGUGACGAGGACGAGGACGAAGAGGAGAUCGACGUGGUGACGGUGGAGCCCAGGCCACUGGCCGGCGGUGGGCUGAACAGGCGGACGCCGGUCACCAUCAUGGUACAAGCGGACCCACUGGAUCCAUGUAUGAAACGCUUCCACAUCUCCAUCCACCAGCAGCAGCACAACUACGCAGCGCCGUCACCGGACACACACGCCGUCACACACCCAGACCCCCCCAGGAAGAGGCUCCGACACGAGCCCACAGACUCUCCCCAAAACCUCUCCAGCUUCUCUCAGUCCCAGGUGAACUCACACCCCGUCUCAACCGGUCAGAACUCGGACGGAAAACCUCCUCGCGUCCCCCUAGCAACGGUUGGGUCGGACUCCUCCAAUGCCAACAAGCCCUCGCCUGCCUCCUCCCUCUCCCAGCGGUCGUCAUGUCCACGGUCGUCCUCCUACCCUAGCAGCCCCCAGUGGUCCGACUGCGAGGACACGGACAAACGAAAGACCCACAAUUUCCUGGAGCGGAAACGGCGGAACGACCUGCGCUCUCGUUUCCUGGCGCUGCGGGACGAGAUCCCUGGGCUGGCGGAGUGUCCCAAAACCCCCAAGGUGGCCAUCCUGACACGUGCCACCGAGUACCUGCAGCGGCUACACUCCAGCGAGCGCCAGCGGGUACAGGAGACGAGGCAGCUCAAAGCCCGGCAACAACAGCUGCUCCGCAGGCUGGCACAGCUCAAACAGUGCUGAACUCCCUGGCAGGCUGGCACAGCUCAAACAGUGCUGAACUCCCUGGCAGACUGGCUGGAGGCCUCUAGUCGAUGGGACCUGCUCUUAAACGCACAGAAACUAAAGCAACUUGCUCUGUGACUGACUGACUGGCUGAUACUUGGAGAAGCCUGUGAUAGACAAUGGUAGACCGAUCCUUGUUGGGGCUGCGUCCAAACCAACCAGGCUGAGCCCCCCCCCCUCGCUGGCCUAAUUCCAAAGCGAUCCCUGGCCUAUAGCAGGGGUAGGUCACCUGACAGGACAAACAACACGAGGGAAAGGACAUAGUGGAAUGUCUGCGACAAGCCCUCAUGCAUGUGGUGAGAUGAAAGAGGAACGAAGACACUGAUUUUUUGGGCUGGGUACUGGGUGUAUUGGUUUCUUAUGUUGUGCGUUUCUUCUGUUGUUCUUUGCACAUUUGCUUGGUAAAGAUUGACAGAGCAAUCAUCCAUUCAGGAAGGAUCGUGAGCUGGUGUCACAUGAUCAUAUGGGGGCAGGGUUCUGGGCUGGCCAUGGAUAUAUUUAUUGGCAUUUUGCCUCCCUGGUACAACUACCUUAUUAACGAUUAAAAUAGGUGAAUAUAAAAAAGGUUAAUGUUUCCCACUGGAAUGACUAACUCGUCAGGAUGCCAUGUAGGCAGUGUUUUGAGAUUUAAUGAUUAUAUGCACGUGUAAAGAAGAAAAAAAAACGUUAUCCACGCUAGAGCAAAAACGGCUCAAAUGUUGUUGAUAUAACAUCUUGAAAGUAUCCUAGACCUUUUUCGUAUGUGUGUGUGGGUGGGGUAUUCUGAAACUAAACAAUAUCUUAUUUUUGGUGGCAUUGAGAAAUUUAAAUGGUGACAUUGUUUUUAUCAAAAUGUUCGCCAUUCCAAACAAUGGCAAUUUACUUUAACAGGAAAUUGAAUAUCUGCUUCUCCCACUUGAGGUUUCCUGUUAUUUCCUGAAAGAAAUCAGUUGUGAAUCCAAUGAUGGUGCAUAGGGCAACCAUGUCUAGACCAGCUGUGCAUGUUUAAGUGGUAGGUUGGUAGCUAUUAGAAUCCUAUACAGUCUCUAAAGAACCAAAAACAGGACUUUGUUUAUUUUUGUGUGCCCCACCCACCCACCCCACUGGGUUACCUGAAAGAUAUCUCAACAAUCUAUUUUUGUUAAUAAAAAGGAAAAUAAAAAAAUAACACUUGAAACUUUAAUUUGUUCACACUAGCCACUUUUUUAAAUUUUGUUUUCAAUGCCUGUUUUCUUUGCAGUUCUAUUGUACUUUUUAGUUGUACAAUAUCAGUUUUGGGUGGUAAAACUUUGUACUAUAUUUUCCUACAGAGUUUUUGUUUUGUUGGUUUGGGCUGAAGUCUUUAUUUUGUAUAUGAUAUUAUUGAGAUUUAAUUUUUUGUUAUUAUGUAUUUGCAGUCUUUCUCUCCCUUGGAUUGCCUUGAGGUAAAAUCACUUGCAGUCUGCUGCUCCAUUCAAUCCAACCACUUUAUCUAGCAAGCACUCUCUAAAAUCUCACAGUAGGGUUGCUAAGAGGAUCUGGUGCUUAAAUGCCUUGGCUGGUGUUUAGCCUGACGUAAACCUGCUGUCUCUGCCCUGUCCCAUCGGAGUAACUCCCAAACUAAGGGCUUGUAUGCCAGAGGUCCAUGGGCCUUAUCAGGGUUUAGGGUUCCAUUUCGGACGGGGCAAUUGGUAACCGACUUGAUGUCAUGAUGCACUAUAUCCACCUCAGUGGCCUGUUGUCAUCCGUAACCAGGGAAACUGGGUUAUUGAUCAGUAACCAGGGUUACUGACCUAGGGGCCAGUUUAGACCUGUAGUUCAUAAUGCACAACAGUCUAGCUGAUUGUGGGUCAGCACUCCCUUUAAAUACUUUGUGGAUUGAGGCCCAGGUGGUUAGACAAAGAGGUUCAUGUUGAGUGGCACCUUUGUCAGUCUGGGUUCAGUGAGGUUGAGCUGCUCCAACGGGUAAUCCUCAAAGCUUUGGAUUACUUACUCCCAAUGCCUCCCACAGUUCAUCGAAACAGAAAGAGGGGGUGAACGGGAGUGAACUGGAAGGAUGGAGGAAGGAGAAAAAACAAGGCCGUAGAGAUUGGAGAGGGUGUUAAAGCGGGAGAGAGGACUCUUUCACACCACGCCUGAUCACCAGCUAACUGUACUUCAACUUGUCAUGCGAGGUCCGUCUUGACCCUAAGGAUUGGCUAUAACCUGCUGGUGUCCGGUUGGUUUUGUUUGUUUUGAUUUGUCACUGUUGUAUCUCAACUGUCCUGAGGGAUGUACUGUCAAGCAGAAUCAAGGCAUUAGCCAACUAACUCGCCUGAACAUUUCUCAAGUUAUUAUAAUUGGCAUAACCUAAUUGACUGAAUGACCAAAACCCCAACUUAAAUGGUCUCAAUUAAUCAGAAAAUCUACAGUUAUUGCUAACGUAUAUUAAAGUUAAGUGGCCAAAUCUUUGAUUCUGUUUUGUAGUCCCCAUUCCUGUGUUUGACUCUGUCAUGUUGAAACAGGACCAUGAUAGGCUUCCGUUUUGGGAGUUACAGGAAUGCCGGGCCUCGUCUUAAGCACUUUGUUUUCAGUACCUCAUAAUUACGGAGAGAAUCCGACAGACAAUUAAUAAUAAAUUCAAUUUAAAGCAA